CUCACAUUAAAGGAGUUCCUCUUCCCUUUUUUAUGAAACUGAGCUUGCUUUAUCAGAGAUGGAGCAAACAGACUGCAAACCCUACCAGCCUCUGUCUAAAGUCAAGCAUGAAAUGGAUCUAGCUUAUACCAGUUCUUCUGAUGAGAGUGAAGAUGGAAGAAAACCAAGACAGUCAUACAACUCCAGAGAAACUCUGCAUGAGUAUAACCAAGAACUGAGGAUGAAUUACAAUAGCCAGAAUAGAAAGAGGAAAGAAGUAGAGAAAUCUACUCAAGAGAUGGAAUUCUGUGAAACUCCUCGCACUCUCUGCUCUGGCUACCAGACCGACAUGCACAGUGUCUCUCAGCAUGGCUACCAGCUUGAGAUGGGAUCUGAUGUGGACACAGAGACAGAAGGCGCUGCCUCACCUGACCAUGCACUGAGGAUGUGGAUAAGGGGGAUGAAAUCAGAGCACAGUUCCUGUUUGUCCAGCCGGGCCAACUCUGCAUUGUCCUUGACUGACACUGACCACGAAAGGAAGUCUGAUGGAGACAAUGGUUUCAAAUUCUCUCCUGUUUGUUGUGACAUGGAGGCUCAAACUGGAUCUACACAAGACAUGCAGAGCAGCCCACACAACCAGUUCACCUUCAGACCCCUCCCGCCGCCACCGCCACCUCCUCAUGCCUGCACCUGUGCAAGGAAGCCGCCCCCUACAGCGGACUCUCUUCAGAGGAGGUCCAUGACUACCCGCAGCCAGCCCAGCCCAGCUGCUCCAGCUCCUCCAACCAGUACACAGGAUUCGGUUCAUCUGCAUAACACCUGGGUUUUGAACAGCAACAUACCAUUGGAGACCAGACACUUCCUGUUUAAACAUGGAUCUGGUUCCUCCGCUAUCUUCAGUGCAACCAGUCAGAACUACCCUCUGACAUCCAAUACUGUGUACUCGCCGCCUCCCAGGCCACUUCCUCGAAGCACCUUCUCCAGACCUGCCUUUACCUUUAACAAACCUUACAGGUGCUGCAAUUGGAAGUGUACAGCCUUGAGUGCCACUGCAAUCACCGUGACUUUGGCCUUGUUACUGGCCUACGUGAUUGCAGUACAUUUGUUCGGCCUGACUUGGCAGUUGCAACCAGUUGAAGGACAGCUCUAUGAAAAUGGAGUUAGCAAAGGGAACAGAGGGACCGAAUCCAUGGAUACUACUUACUCUCCAAUUGGAGGAAAAGUUUCCGAUAAAUCAGAGAAAAAAGUAUUUCAGAAGGGCCGAGCAAUAGACACUGGAGAAGUUGACAUUGGUGCACAGGUCAUGCAGACCAUUCCUCCUGGCUUAUUCUGGCGUUUCCAGAUUACUAUCCACCAUCCAAUAUAUCUGAAAUUCAAUAUUUCUUUAGCCAAGGACUCUCUGCUGGGAAUUUAUGGCAGAAGAAACAUUCCACCUACACAUACCCAGUUUGAUUUUGUAAAGCUAAUGGAUGGAAAGCAACUGGUGAAGCAAGACUCCAAGGGCUCUGAUGAUAGCCAGCAUUCCCCUCGGAACCUGAUCUUAACCUCACUGCAGGAGACAGGCUUCAUAGAGUACAUGGACCAAGGGCCUUGGUAUCUGGCAUUUUACAAUGAUGGCAAAAAGAUGGAACAAGUAUUUGUGUUAACUACAGCAAUUGAAAUAAUGGAUGACUGUUCGACUAAUUGCAAUGGAAAUGGAGAGUGUAUCUCUGGCCAUUGCCAUUGUUUCCCAGGAUUCCUUGGGCCUGACUGUGCUAGAGAUUCAUGCCCUGUGCUAUGUGGUGGGAAUGGAGAAUACGAGAAAGGACACUGUGUCUGCCGAAAUGGCUGGAAGGGGCCAGAGUGCGAUGUUCCAGAAGAACAAUGCAUUGACCCAACGUGCUUUGGUCAUGGCACCUGCAUCAUGGGAGUCUGCAUCUGUGUGCCAGGAUACAAAGGAGAAAUAUGUGAGGAAGAGGACUGCUUAGACCCCAUGUGUUCCAGCCAUGGCAUCUGUGUGAAAGGAGAAUGUCACUGUUCUACUGGUUGGGGUGGAAUCAGUUGUGAAACUCUACUUCCUAUAUGUCAAGAGCAGUGCUCAGGACAUGGCACUUUUAUUCUGGACACUGGAAUGUGCAGCUGUGACCCCAAGUGGACAGGAUCUGACUGCUCAACAGAGCUCUGUACCAUGGAAUGUGGUAGCCAUGGAGUCUGCUCAAGGGGAAUUUGUCAAUGCGAAGAAGGCUGGGUAGGACCAACAUGUGAAGAACGUUCCUGUCAUUCUCACUGUGCUGAGCAUGGCCAAUGCAAAGAUGGAAAAUGUGAGUGUAGCCCUGGAUGGGAGGGCGACCACUGCACAAUUGCUCACUACUUAGAUGCUGUUCGAGAUGGCUGCCCGGGGCUCUGCUUUGGAAAUGGGCGAUGUACCCUGGAUCAAAAUGGUUGGCACUGUGUGUGUCAGGUGGGUUGGAGUGGGACAGGCUGCAAUGUUGUCAUGGAAAUGCUUUGUGGAGAUAACUUGGACAAUGAUGGAGAUGGUUUGACGGACUGUGUGGACCCUGAUUGUUGUCAACAAAGCAACUGUUAUAUAAGUCCUCUCUGUCAGGGCUCACCAGACCCUCUUGACCUCAUUCAGCAAAGCCAACCCCUAUUCUCUCAGCAUACUUCAAGACUCUUCUAUGAUCGAAUCAAAUUCCUCAUUGGCAAGGACAGUACUCAUGUCAUUCCUCCAGAGAUUUCAUUUGACAGCAGGCGUGCUUGUGUGAUUCGAGGCCAAGUGGUGGCGGUAGAUGGAACCCCCCUAGUAGGGGUGAAUGUUAGUUUCUUGUACCACAGUGAUUAUGGGUUUACCAUCAGCCGGCAAGAUGGAAGCUUUGACCUCGUUGCCAUCGGUGGUAUCUCUGUCACCUUAAUCUUUGAUCGCUCACCUUUCCUGUCUGAGAAGAGGACACUCUGGUUGCCUUGGAAUCAGUUUAUUGUGGUGGACAAAGUAACCAUGCGGAGAGUUGUAUCAGACCCACCAUCCUGCGAUAUCUCCAACUUUGUCAGCCCAAACCCUAUUGUGCUUCCUUCACCGCUCACAUCAUUUGGAGGGUCUUGUCCAGAGAGGGGAACUAUUGUUCCUGAGCUGCAGGUUGUACAGGAGGAGAUCCCCAUUCCUUCCAGCUUUGUGAGGCUGAGUUACCUGAGCAGCCGCACCCCCGGAUAUAAAACACUGCUACGGAUCCUUCUAACACAUUCAACCAUUCCCAUGGGGAUGGUUAAAGUACACCUCACAGUAGCUGUGGAGGGGCGACUCACCCAAAAGUGGUUUCCUGCUGCAGCUAAUCUCGUCUACACAUUUGCUUGGAACAAGACAGACAUUUAUGGACAGAAGGUUUGGGGCCUGGCAGAGGCCUUGGUAUCUGUGGGAUAUGAAUAUGAAACCUGCCCUGACUUUAUUCUCUGGGAGAAAAGGACAGUCAUCUUACAAGGUUUUGAGAUGGAUGCUUCUAACCUAGGAGGCUGGUCAUUAAAUAAGCAUCAUAUUUUCAAUCCUCAAAGUGGAAUCAUACAUAAAGGGAAUGGAGAAAAUAUGUUUAUUUCCCAGCAACCCCCAGUCAUAUCAACUAUAAUGGGUAAUGGACACCAACGGAGUGUAGCCUGCACCAACUGCAAUGGCCCAGCCCACAACAACAAACUCUUUGCUCCUGUUGCUUUAGCUUCUGGCCCUGAUGGUAGUGUGUAUGUUGGUGACUUCAAUUUUGUAAGGCGAAUAUUUCCCUCAGGAAACUCUGUUGGUAUUUUGGAAUUAAGAAACAGAGACACCAGACAUAGCACAAGUCCUGCUCACAAAUACUAUCUGGCUAUGGACCCUAUGUCUGAAUCACUUUAUCUAUCAGACACCAAUACUCGAAAAGUCUACAAGUUGAAAUCUCUUGUGGAAACAAAAGAUCUGACUAAGAAUUUUGAAGUGGUGGCAGGAACAGGUGAUCAGUGCCUUCCGUUUGACCAGAGUCAUUGUGGAGAUGGUGGGAGAGCAUCGGAAGCUUCACUGAACAGCCCUCGAGGCAUCACAGUUGAUAGGCAUGGAUUCAUUUACUUUGUGGAUGGGACUAUGAUUCGGAAAAUUGAUGAGAAUGCUGUGAUCUCCACUGUAAUCGGCUCAAAUGGUCUGACUUCCACACAGCCACUGAGCUGUGACUCAGGAAUGGACAUCACUCAGGUGCGGUUAGAGUGGCCAACAGACCUUGCAGUCAAUCCCAUGGACAAUUCAUUGUAUGUCUUAGAUAACAAUAUUGUGCUGCAAAUUUCUGAGAACAGGCGCGUGCGGAUCAUUGCAGGGCGCCCCAUUCACUGCCAGGUGCCAGGUAUCGAUCAUUUCUUGGUCAGCAAGGUGGCAAUUCACUCCACUCUGGAGUCAGCGAGGGCCAUCAGCGUCUCCCACAGCGGCCUGCUCUUCAUAGCUGAAACAGAUGAGAGGAAAGUAAACCGCAUUCAGCAAGUUACCACCAAUGGGGAGAUCUCCAUCAUGGCUGGUGCCCCCACUGACUGUGAUUGCAAAAUUGAUCCCAACUGUGACUGUUUUUCAGGUGAUGGUGGCUAUGCCAAAGAUGCAAAGAUGAAAGCCCCUUCCUCUUUAGCAGUGUCGCCUGAUGGCACCCUCUAUGUGGCUGACCUUGGGAACGUUCGAAUUCGAACCAUUAGUAGGAACCAAGCCCACCUGAAUGACAUGAACCUUUAUGAGAUUGCUUCACCUGCUGAUCAGGAACUCUACCAGUUCACCGUCAAUGGAACCCACCUGCACACCUUGAACUUGAUAACAAGGGACUAUGUGUAUAAUUUCACCUACAAUGCUGAAGGUGACUUGGGCGCCAUUACCAGUAGCAAUGGCAACUCUGUGCAUAUUCGCAGGGAUGCAGGCGGAAUGCCCCUUUGGCUUGUAGUGCCUGGCGGGCAGGUGUACUGGCUGACCAUAAGCAGCAAUGGAGUUCUGAAAAGAGUAUCAGCCCAAGGCUAUAACCUGGCCUUGAUGACCUAUCCAGGAAACACUGGGCUUCUGGCUACCAAAAGUAAUGAAAAUGGAUGGACAACCGUUUAUGAGUAUGACCUAGAGGGACAUCUGACCAAUGCAACAUUUCCCACUGGAGAAGUCAGCAGCUUCCACAGUGACCUGGAGAAGCUGACAAAAGUGGAGCUGGAUACUUCCAACCAUGAAAAUGUCCUCAUGUCAACCAACUUGACAGCAACUACUACCAUCUAUAUUUUAAAACAAGAAAAUACCCAAAGUACAUAUCGGGUGAGUCCAGAUGGCUCCCUACGUGUCACCUUUGCAAGUGGGAUGGAGAUCAGCCUCAGCUCAGAGCCUCACAUCCUGGCCGGGGCGGUCAACCCCACCCUGGGCAAAUGCAACAUCUCACUGCCCGGAGAGCACAACGCAAACCUCAUUGAGUGGCGGCAGCGGAAGGAGCAAAACAAAGGCAAUGUUUCAGCUUUUGAAAGGAGACUGAGGGCCCAUAACAGAAACCUGCUGUCCAUAGAUUUUGAUCACAUAACACGCACAGGAAAGAUCUAUGAUGACCAUCGGAAAUUCACCCUUCGAAUUCUUUAUGACCAAACUGGACGACCUGUCCUGUGGUCUCCUGUAAGCAGAUAUAAUGAAGUGAACAUCACGUAUUCACCUUCAGGACUGGUGACAUUUAUUCAAAGGGGGAUGUGGAAUGAAAAAAUGGAAUAUGACCAGAGUGGAAAAAUAAUUUCAAGAACUUGGGCUGAUGGGAAAAUUUGGAGCUAUACCUACUUAGAAAAGUCCGUGAUGCUUCUCUUACACAGCCAGCGGCGUUACAUCUUUGAGUAUGACCAAUCGGAUUGUCUGCUCUCAGUCACCAUGCCUAGUAUGGUGCGCCACAGCUUACAAACCAUGCUUUCAGUGAGCUACUACCGGAAUAUCUACACCCCACCGGACAGUAGCACUUCUUUUAUCCAAGACUAUAGUCGAGAUGGCCGACUGCUACAGACCCUGCAUGUGGGGACAGGGCGAAGAGUUUUAUACAAGUACACCAAGCAAGCAAGGCUGUCUGAGAUUCUCUAUGAUACCACUCAGGUCACAUUAACAUAUGAAGAGUCUUCUGGAGUGAUUAAGACAAUACACCUGAUGCACGAUGGCUUCAUUUGCACAAUCAGAUACAGGCAAACAGGACCUCUUAUUGGACGCCAGAUUUUCCGAUUCAGUGAAGAAGGUCUUGUGAAUGCUCGGUUUGACUACAGCUACAACAACUUCCGCGUCACAAGCAUGCAAGCUGUGAUAAAUGAAACCCCUUUGCCCAUAGACCUGUACCGAUAUGUUGAUGUCUCUGGUAGAACAGAGCAGUUUGGAAAAUUUAGUGUGAUCAAUUAUGACUUAAAUCAGGUCAUAACUACUACAGUGAUGAAGCACACCAAAAUCUUCAGUGCCAAUGGCCAAGUUAUUGAAGUCCAAUAUGAAAUCCUAAAGGCAAUUGCCUACUGGAUGACUAUUCAAUAUGAUAAUAUGGGCCGAAUGGUAAUAUGUGAUAUAAGAGUAGGAGUAGAUGCCAAUAUAACAAGAUAUUUCUAUGAAUACGAUGCUGAUGGACAACUUCAAACUGUUUCUGUAAAUGAUAAAACCCAGUGGCGUUAUAGUUAUGAUCUGAAUGGCAACAUCAACCUUUUAAGCCAUGGGAAUAGUGCUCGUCUUACUCCUCUCCGAUAUGACCUCCGGGAUCGCAUCACCAGACUAGGAGAAAUUCAGUAUAAAAUGGAUGAAGAUGGCUUUCUGAGGCAGAGGGGAAAUGAUAUCUUUGAAUAUAAUUCUAACGGUCUGCUGCAGAAAGCCUACAAUAAGGCUUCUGGCUGGAGUGUGCAGUAUUACUAUGACGGGCUUGGACGACGUGUUGCCAGUAAGUCCAGCCUAGGACAGCACCUCCAGUUCUUCUAUGCAGACCUUGCCAACCCCAUAAGAGUUACUCAUUUGUACAACCACACAAGCUCAGAGAUUACAUCCCUGUAUUAUGAUCUCCAAGGUCACCUUAUUGCCAUGGAGCUAAGCAGUGGUGAAGAAUAUUAUGUAGCCUGUGAUAAUACAGGCACCCCACUGGCUGUGUUCAGCAGUCGAGGUCAGGUGAUAAAAGAGAUAUUGUACACGCCCUAUGGAGAUAUCUAUCAUGACACUUACCCUGACUUUCAGGUCAUCAUUGGUUUUCAUGGAGGACUCUAUGAUUUCCUUACUAAAUUAGUGCACCUGGGGCAAAGGGAUUAUGAUGUUGUUGCUGGUAGAUGGACGACGCCUAAUCAUCACAUAUGGAAACAGUUGAACCUCCUUCCUAAACCAUUCAACCUCUACUCCUUUGAAAAUAACUACCCGGUUGGCAAAAUUCAAGAUGUUGCAAAGUAUACCACAGACAUUGGCAGUUGGUUGGAGCUAUUUGGUUUCCAGCUACACAAUGUACUACCUGGAUUUCCCAAACCAGAGUUAGAAAAUUUGGAAUUAACUUAUGAGCUUCUACAGCUUCAGACAAAAACUCAAGAGUGGGAUCCUGGAAAGACUAUCUUGGGUAUUCAGUGUGAGCUCCAGAAACAGCUCAGGAAUUUCAUUUCCUUGGACCAACUUCCCAUGACUCCCCGAUACAAUGAUGGACGAUGCCUUGAAGGAGGGAAGCAACCAAGGUUCGCCUCUGUUCCUUCUGUUUUUGGAAAAGGUAUAAAAUUCGCCAUCAAGGAUGGCAUAGUGACAGCCGAUAUUAUAGGAGUAGCCAAUGAAGAUAGCAGACGGCUUGCUGCCAUUCUCAAUAAUGCUCAUUACCUGGAAAACCUACAUUUUACCAUUGAUGGGAGGGACACUCACUACUUCAUUAAGCUUGGGUCUCUGGAGGAAGACCUGGUGCUCAUCGGUAACACUGGGGGGAGGCGGAUUCUAGAGAAUGGUGUCAAUGUCACUGUGUCCCAGAUGACUUCUGUGUUGAAUGGGAGGACUAGACGGUUUGCAGAUAUCCAGCUCCAGCACGGGGCUCUGUGCUUCAACAUCCGAUAUGGGACAACUGUCGAAGAGGAAAAGAAUCACGUGUUGGAGAUUGCCAGACAGCGCGCUGUGGCCCAGGCCUGGACUAAGGAACAAAGAAGGUUGCAAGAAGGGGAAGAGGGUAUUCGGGCGUGGACAGAGGGGGAAAAGCAGCAGCUUUUGAGCACCGGGAGGGUACAAGGUUAUGAUGGGUAUUUUGUUUUGUCUGUUGAGCAGUAUUUAGAACUCUCUGACAGUGCCAACAAUAUUCACUUUAUGAGACAGAGUGAAAUAGGCAGGAGGUAACAAAAAAAAUCUCUGCCUUUGCGUCACCAAAGACUGCCUGUUUUUAAAACAUAAAAUGGUUUAUUGUAUUGGUUUUCUAGAUCAGAACUCUGUAUAUGUAAAUAUGGAGGGAAAACAUAUCCAACUGCCUUUCAAUGUGACGGAAGAUGGUAUUUUAAUAUUGUUUAAACUCUUUAAGAAACGACAGAUUUUUAGUUCUCAUGUGGCAGUAUUCAAAAUAACACAAGUAGAACUGAAACAGCUAAAAAACAAAAGGUUUUCAGAAAGCACCACUUUAAAUUUGUCGAAAUAUAUAUAUAUAUAUAUAUAUAUUCAAAUAUACAGAAAGAUCCCAAGGUUCUAUAUCUCUAUUGCGACAUGAAGUUUCAUAUUUAACUGUUGGCAGAAAAAGUGGUGCAAUGAGUAUCUAAACCUUGCAUUUCGCAAGAAUGCCAGCGCUUUCACAUUUUCCAGAUCUGCUAUAGGACACUUCAAAGAAGUAUGAAAUGUCCUCAGCCACGAUCUCCUAGAGUCGAGAACCAUUUGCCCUUCCUCCCUGAUUAUUCCUUCCUGCUUGUUAAAGUAAAUGCCAUGUUGUUGUGCUGUGUUUUGGCGUGUGGUGGCUUUGUUCUGUCUACCAUGCUUCCCUAAGGGUGUGGUACCCAGACUGAAUUGCCACAAUUUGCUUGUGUGCGCCUGAUACCGAGGCAGCUGGCCAAUGUAACUUCUCCCAUACCACCUGUUUUGACUAAAUUUUGUUUUACUAAAUUGUCCAGCUGUAUUGGCGUCAUGUAAGCAUAGCUUUUAUUAACCUGGGUAGCAAUUUCUCAUUUAUAUAUAGGGUGUGUUUUGGUCAUAGUUUCACAUUAGUGAUUCAGCAUUUAUACACUAAUCCAAUGGUUUUGUGCACACGAAAGGUGACUUACUACAAAGUGUGAUUCUGGUACAAAAAAAAGAGAGGCUUUAGCAGGCAUAUAUGCCUGGGAUACCGAUAAAUUACAUUCACUGCUACUGCAGAAAUUCAUAAGAGCCAAAACCUUUAAAAACUAGACUGAAUACUAAGCUUGAAAUGAAAGUAUCAAAGGGGAGACCAAGCUAAACAUCACAGUAGUUGCUCUACAUUGUUUCAGCUCAGUUAGAUUUAUCUUUUAAAUGUACCAUUCUGUAUUGAACAUCUCCCAACCAUAGCCAGGAAAUUUAAUUAAGUGUACCCUUUCCAACCUAAAACAUUUCAACUAAUUAUAGAGAGACAGACUAUUUUUUAUUAAAAUAAUGUAUAUGGUUAGUUAUUUUAGUUCUCUGUCUUUGCCCAUUAAAUUGAUUUAAUCAUAUCUCCUGCCUAGGAAAAUUACUAUUUUCCAGGAAGGAAAUGUGAUUUUCUUCUGCGAUCAUUUAAAAGUUGGGAAAAGAUUAGAAUUAGUGUUAAUGUCAGCUGCAGUUUCUCAAUCUCUGAGAAUCCUGUAGUAAAAGAAGCCUCUUGGUGAGCUGGGAGAUUUGUGCCCAGUGACAAAGAGACAGUUUGUAAAAUGCUGUGUAAUUGGAAGUUACCAUGAAUGAAAGUGCGUGACAGCGUGAUGUGGCCCGUAGAAAAUCCCCCUGAGCCAGCUUCAGCACUUUCAUCCCAAGUCUGAACACUUGCUGUGUCUAAAGGAGAAUUUACGAUGGAAUGUUACAGUCUGGAUUCUUUCCAGCUACUACCUAAAUGCAGUGUGGGGGUCAUUGCCUUGCUUUGUAACGACAGUGUCUUUGAAAAUAUGCAAAGUCAGAAUCCAGGCUCAGGCCAAGGUUUUUAAAGAGUCUGGCUCCUUACUACACAAAGUAGAGUGAGGGAAAAGCAAAACCCACAGAUUGUAGGGGAGGGUUUAUCUAAACAUUUCAUUUUCAAAACCUUCAGGUUGGCAUUACCACAUUCUUACACAUGUAUCGAAAGGCAGUGAGAGAGGGAAAAGAUUCAUGAUUAACUCAUCUCUCUUUUGAAUUGGAAGAACACCAACUCAAGAGAUUACUAAUCCAGACUACAAUCAUAUUAUUGGUUUUUAUCCCUGAAUCAGGAGUGUGUUACUGGUACAGUAUUUAUUCAGGAUGGGGUUCUAAAAUGACUUACAAACUUGUUGAAAAUUUGAAUACCUCCACACCAGCCUAAAAAUUGACCUUAAGUUCCUAGAAUCUCUGAUGUUCUUUUAAAUUAAUGGAAAAAUAAUUUGUGAACUGUAUAUAGAGAGUGCAUUCAUAAGUGUGAUGGUGUAUUUUAUCACUAAUCCAAGAUGUCGAUAUUAGAGUCUAUUUUGCUUAUAUUUUAAGUGUUAUAAUUUUUGCAAUUCACUGAUGGUGUAUCAUUUUCAAACUGCUUUAAAUAUUCAUUAGAAACAAAUAUUUGAAGAUUUUACUUAAUAGUAAUUACCUUAAACUGUGCAUUUCUAGUUUGUAAUAUAUAUUUAUUUAGUUUGUGCCUUUAGUUUCUGAAAGUUAUAUUUGUAAUAUAUUCAGAAAAUGCACUUUUUAUCACUUACAGCUGUGGUUUUCAUACUGCCUUGAACUAUUACUGUUCUCUUUACCACUUCCAAAGUUUUUUGGAGGAAAGAGAAAAACCCCAAAGGUUAGAACUAAUGAGUAGUAAAUAUAAGAGAAACAUUUUGGCGUUUCUUAUUAAGAAUGUAGAGAUAUUGAGUACAUUGCUUCCUAUUUGGCUGAAUACAAAGAAUGCCUUCAUUGACUUGUAGUUCUGAAGUUUAAAUUAAAGACAGGACAAUUAAUUUGCAUUUCCUGAUGAAAGUAAAAGCAUUUUAAAGAGAAAUAGUUGCCCUAACCGGUUUGGCUCAAUGGACAGAGCAUCGACCUGCAGACUCAAGGGUCCCAGGUUCGAUUCCGGUCAAGGGCAUGUACCUUGGUUGCAGGCACAUACCCAGUAGGGAGUGUGCAGGAGGCAGCUGAUCGACGUUUCUCUCAUCGAUGUUUCUAACUCUCUGUUCCUCUCUGUAAGAAAUCAAUAAAAUAUAUUUUAAAAAAAGAGAAAUAGUUGAUGUUUCACACCCAACAUACAGGCAGCUGACACUAAACAGCCAUACCCUAUUUAAUCAAUUAGAGUGAGAGCACAGUAGUUGAGCCCUCCUCUGAAGAACAUUCUGGGCUGGAGGCCGGGAACACUCUGUGGUUGUAUUCCCUGUGUUUUUUCCUAGUUAGGCCCAUUUUAUUUGUGCUUUUUUGUUAUUACCUUGGUUUGUUUUUACUUUUGCACUAUAGUCUAGAGAUCCAAAUGAGCUGAAAAGUUCACAGUUUAACAGACAUUUAAAUACUUUAUUUUUAGUUGUUAUUCUAAUCAUUAUUGAUUAGAAGCAUGACUCCUGAGAGGGAAAUAAAGCCCAAAAUUUAGCAAAAUACUCACUAUAUAAAUAGGCAUAUGUUUUAUUUUUAACCCAGCAAAAUAAUGUAUAAAAUAAACGUGUCCUUCACUGUCAAUUUAUCUAGAAGAUCUAUAAUAUAUAGACUAUAUAAAUAUAUAUAUAUAUAAUAUAUGCAACAUAGCCAAAUGAAUGAAAACUUAAUAAUGUAUAAUUUGGAACUCAUAUGCUAACUACAUAGAGAGGUCUAAAAGUAAAUUAUAAUUUUCACAAGAUUUUUCUUUUUCAUCACUGUUGGCACAGUUUCAAGCAUUCUACCAUGUUAUUUCUACAUUUUUCUUCUUUCUUUUCUUUCCUUUUAAAAAAUAUAUAUAUUUUUAACCAGACCAGGCCCCACUAUAAUACCGUAACCUAAGAGAGUCAGGGCAAAGUUUUUGCAUUUAUGAAGAUAUGUUUCUGUAAGAACAAUUGUAGUGGCAUUCAGUGGUAAUGGAAGCAAAAGUACAGUAAUCAAGUAUUGAAAGAAACUUGGAGAGACUGGGGUGUAUUAUAGCUUAUGGAAAACAGAAGGCUACAGACUGGAUGCAACAUUCUUGUUUUCUUGGAGAAACUCACAUACACAUAGCCGACCUGACUAGUACUAGAUUCAGAGUGCUCUUCCACAGCCUUCUGUAAUGUUGUUUAUUCUGAAAAAGAAAAAAAAAAGAAAAAAAAAGAAAAACAAAAAAAAAACGGAAAACAACAAACAGCAACAAAAAAGAAUUCAACCACAAAAUAGUGACUGUUAUGUCAGUGUGUCCUUCAUGUGAAAGCUAUUAAGGACCAAAUAUACUACUGUGUGUAAGAAGAAAUUACUUCCUAAACAGUAAGUGAAAAUAGUUAGAGUUAAACUUGCUGUGGAUUUUGUCUUGGCGGUUGUCAUCUUACAUUAUUUGUCAAAGGAAAUGUGUUUGGCAGUUAAAAAUCUUUCCUUAGAUUUAGUGGUGGACUUUAACCUCUUAAAUAAAUGUUAGUAUAUCAGAUUGUGUCCUUGAAAAAUAUUUUACUUGUAUGAAUCAUGACAAUGUCUAGAUCUUUACUAUUCUUCUGGCAAAAGCAUCAGUAAGAGAAAAGGUGAAAAAGAGAAGUAGAGCCUUUAUGUCAGAAAAAAUAUUCUUUUUAGCUGCUUACUUUCUCAUGAGAAGUAAAGAUGUUUACAGUGUAUGCCAAGAUUUUCAGUUUCUAUAUAACAACAGUUAGAGGUUCUAAUCAUACUGAAAAUUGUGUUAUAAUGGCCUGAGCCAUGUUGCUAGGAAACAAUAGGUUCCAAUUUUGUAUUCCUGCUCUCACUCCUGUGCUGAAAAGUGACUGGAUACUGUACAGGUUCAUGUUCUCUGGCUGCAGUUAAAUGGUCUUUUGCAUUUUGCUCUGGUUUUCAGGCCAGAAGCAUGCAUUUUUCUACAAGAGCAUCACAACAACAUGCUGUAAAUAUUUAAAGUUCAACAUUAUGUGUCGAUAUUUGAAAGAAAAAAGUACUUUGAAUAUUUCGUUUUUAAAAAAUAAAAUAGCAAAUGAA